ACUGAAUGGAAGAUUAGUUUUUUGAUUCUUGUUAUGACUAAAGCAUUGGCUCCAAUUCAACGGAAUUAAAGGAUCAAUCCAUCAAGGGUCUUUGUCGGCGACGGCGACGGCUGUCAAUGGAGAAUCUUUUACUCAGCCGGCGGCGGCAUGUCUGAAGAAGCAUCACUCCUUCACUUACUGGCAAAUCAUCAGUAUGACCGCAAAACGAAGACAAAAGGCUAUAAGAAGAGAAAAGAGAAGAAAGGCUUUCGAAGAUCAAAAUCCAGUCGCCAACAGCAGCUGUAUGAUCUCCUCCGAUGACGAACAAGUGGAGUCGACGGCGACGGCGAGGUCACUCCCCUUUCCCAAUAACCCAUCUCUUCAUGUUCCUCCUAUCCAUAAAUCACAGAGCAAUCCGGUUGUUUCCUCCCACUCUCAACUCUAUCAUCACCAAUCACUGCCUAUCCCAUACGCCACAGAGGAUCCGUUGAGCAGCAGCAGUCAACGGGGAUCGAGAACUUCAGUGUAUCCAACAUAUCCAAUUGUUGCAGCUGCCGGAGAAUCUUCUAUGCCGAUGACAAUCAACCGAUCGGUGCAAACGAUGGGGGAUCCGUUGACAAGUUCAAAACAUGGACGUUUAUCUGGUCAAACUUCUGGCGCAGUUCCUGCUUAUCCAUCCUGGUAUAUCGAAAAACCUACUUCUAAUCCUGUACGUGGACAUGGUUUCGUUGACACCCAUCCGACUAACAGCAGAGUAUCACGAAAAGAAGCAACUGAAAUUGAUGUUGAAAAUCCAAUUAGACAUCAAACACAAUCUAAUCAUGUUGAGGGUUUAAAUGCCGAAAGAAGGUCUCCACUUGUUGCCAGCGGAAGCAGGUCAGACUACCUUCAAAUGUGUGUGCCGCUCUAUCAAGCUGCUUUGAAAGGUGAUUGGGGUUUAGCCAAGUCCAUCUUCGAUAAACAUCCAACUGCUUUCCUGUACGGAAUAACUGCAGGCGAAGAGACUGUUCUUCACAUUGCAGCUGCAGCAAAGCAUGUUGGAUUUGUAGAGAAGCUGGUGAAGCAUAUGGGAGAAGAUGAUUUAACUUUGCAGAACAAAUAUGGAAACACGGCCCUCUGCUUUGCUGCAGCUUCUGGAGUGGUAAAGAUUGCUGAGAUAAUGAUUGCAAAUAAUAAAAAAUUACCAAUGAUUCCAGGAAGCCAAAAGAUGGUUCCCCUUCACCUAGCAGCUCUACUUGGACAUCGGUCCAUGUCAUAUUAUCUCUAUGAUGUUACCGUAUUUGAACUACUCGAACGUGAAGAACAAGUGGAACUUCUUAGUGCAACCAUCUCCACUGGUAUCUAUGAUCUGGCAUUGGGCAUAUUGAAGAAAGACCCCUCUUUAGCUAUAACUCGAAACCGAAAUAAGGAGACAGCUCUUCAUGUCCUAGCACGAAAGCCAUCCGAAAUCAGCUGGGAUAUUGACUUAGGAGUCAAGGAUAAAGUUCUUAAAAGAUGUUUCAAAUGGUUGUACAAUAAAGCACUGAUGAAAACACUGGCUCAUCAGCUGGUUGAUAAAAUAUGGAACAGAGUUCUACAAUUGCAAGAAAAUGAGAUUACAGAUUUGAUCAGCUCUCCCUCUCGAUUAUUAUUUGACGCAGUAGAACAAGGGAAUGUAGAGUUCUUAGUCAUGCUUAUACGCUCCUACCCAGAUUUAAUGUGGACUGUCAAUGGAAACCGAUACAGUUUGUUUCACACUGCUAUCCUUUGUCGGCAAGAGCGAAUCUUGAAGUUAAUUUACGAGAUUGGAGCAAUCAAGGAGCUCCUAGUCUGCCUUACCGAUAAAGACAACAACAACAUGCUUCAUCUUGCUGGAAGGUUGGCACCCACAAGUCGGCUUACUAUUGUAUCUGGUGCAGCUCUUCAAAUGCAAAGAGAGCUCCUCUGGUUUAAGAAAGUAGAGAAGAUAGUUCCGCCAUCUUUCACGAAGAUGAAGAAUUCAAGAGGUCAGACGCCACAAGAUCUCUUCACUAAGGAGCACCAAGAUCUUCGUAGAGAAGGCGAGAAAUGGAUGAAGGACACAGCAACAUCUUGCAUGCUCGUGGCCACCUUAAUCGCCACAGUUGUUUUCGCGGCUGCAUUCACUGUCCCAGGUGGAACAGACAACGACAGUGGAAUUCCUAUUUUCCUAAAAGAGAAAUGGUUCACAACUUUUGCCAUAUCAGAUGCCGUGGCCAUGUUAACUUCCACCACAUCCAUCUUAAUGUUCCUCUCGAUAUUGACUUCCCGUUAUGCAGAACAGGAUUUUUUGGUCUCUUUACCGGGAAAGCUAACACUAGGACUGACCACACUAUUCGCGUCAAUAGGGAGCAUGGUGUUGGCUUUCACGGCUGCUUUCUUCUUGGUCUAUCAUGGGAAAAUGAAAGAGGUGCCCAUUCUUAUAGCCUGUUUGGCAGCAGUACCGGUAACUUUGUUUGUUUUGUUGUAUUACAAGCUAUGGGUCGAGGUUUUACGUUCCAUGUUUUGGUCUAAGUUUCUAUUUCUUCACAAUAAACGCAGAUUGUUCUAGAUUUAUAUAUGUUGAGAAAUAACAUUUUCAGUAUUUAGAGCUGUGUAUGUGCCUGGAUCUAUGAUUUUGUUACACGAUGGUAAUUCAGAGAAAAUUACAGUUUAAAUA